AUGCUCAGUCACGUUUCUAUUCGCGUCACCGACCUCGAGGCUUCGGUCAAAUUCUAUAUCACAGCGCUAGCUCCGCUGUCUUUCACCGAAAUGCGUUUCCCUACUGUCAUCGGACUCGGCCCAGCGAAAGCGACAGCCCCAAUUCCCGAACUGUGGCUGCGCCAGUUUGCCCCCGACGCUGGUGAUGGUCAGAAGGCCAAGCCAACACCAGUACACAUCUCGUUUUGUGUGGAUGAUAAGAAGUUGGUUGACGAGUUCCAUGCUGCUGGUAUUCUGGCUGGAGGAAAAGAUAAUGGAGAGCCGGGAGAGCGGCCCUGGAUGAAGGGGUACUAUGCAGCGUAUAUUCUUGAUUUUGAUGGCAACAAUAUUGAAGUUGUGUGCUUUUUGGAUCACGACUAG